AUGCAGCCGCUUGCGUUGGCUCGUUGGCUUCUCCCGUUCGCAGCCACGCUGAAUCUCGUGGAUGUCGCAACAGCUUCCUCAGAUCUGGCUCCAUUUACAUAUGACCCACUUCCGUUGGGUAGUAUUACUCCAAAUGGAUGGCUGAAAUCGGAACUCGAGACAUCCGCAGCAGGCCUCGGCGGUCAUUUGUAUGAUUUCUGGACCUUUGUCGCUGACUCCUCCUGGACUGGUGGGAAUUCCGAAUAUAGUGACCUGAACGAGGCCCUACCGUACUGGGUCAAUGCUAUAGUGCCUUUGGCGUACACGACGCAAGAUGAGCGCCUCAAGGGGCAGGUCCAUCAGGUUGUCGAGACUGUGCUCAAUUUGAUACAGCCCGAUGGAUGGAUUGGGCCGGAAACCCUGGAGAGCGGGGAGAGAAUGAUCUGGGCGCGGACCUUAAUGUAUAUUUUCUGGAUUCCCAAUUGCCGCCUAUCUGUGUGCGUGUACGCUAAUAUUGAGCGCAGAUUCUUAGGGCUUACGAACCUUGUCGAGGCGAAUUCAACCUACGAAGCCCCGAUCCUCAAUGCCCUGUAUCGCUUCAACGGUCUUAUGAACUCUAUGCUGAAGAACAACGGGACCGGGAUGAUAUAUCAUGAAGGGGACAAGCCGACCCCCGACGACUUCGUCUGGUUUCGCGCUCGCGCAGAGGAUAUGAUUGUCAGUUUGCAAUGGCUUCUGGACCAUCACCCGGGGAACCAGACCGAGACGCUGAAGGAGAACAUCGAGAUGAUUCACAAAUAUGCCUACAAGUGGGAAGACUGGUAUGCGGAGGGCACUUACAUCAAGGAAGAUCUCUACAACUUGCCUCAGUCGGUGACCGACGAGAAUUGGCAGUUUCUGCAUGGUGUCACCAUCGCAGAAGGUUUAAAGUACGCUGCCGUUCUACGCCGAUCGACGUUGAACGAUUCCCUUCUUGAAACCGCGAAAAAUGGGGUCAUAGCAUACAAUUACUUUGCGAUUGGCGAUCCCUAUUACGCAGAACGCGCAGAAUUGACUGCUUUCAACGCUUUGCCUGCCGCCUUGACGGGAGACUGGUGGGCUCAUCAGUACAUGACCGAGCCAAAUCAACCCUUCGCCAUGAACCUUUCAGCGACGCCAUUCUAUGAUGACAACUCACUCAGUGAAACGUUCGGUAUGGAGCCCAACUAUCCAUGCUGCACGGUGAAUCAUCCCCAGGGCCUCCCCAAGUUCACUAUGUACAGUUAUGUGAAAAAGGGAGACACGGGCCUGGUUCACGGUCUACUUAGCCCAGGGCAUGUGGAAACACAGAUCCAGGGAGCGUCUGUCACGGUCGAUUGCCAAACGGACUACCCAUUUGCAAAUGUCUUGAGAUACAGCAUUGAUAGCGAGACGCCAUUCCAGUUCUAUCUGCGAGUUCCCAGUUGGUCCACAGGCGUUCGCAUGCAAGGAGCGAACGGCACUCCGCCAGUGGAUUCUCAGACUGGAUUGAUGGAAUUCCACAUCCCCAGCGGCAAGACGGACUUGACCUACGAAAUUGGAAUGUCGCCGCAGAUCCUCCCUCGAGCCAACGAUACUGUUGCCGUCUACCAGGGUGCUCUCUUAUACGCGCUGUACAUCACGCCGGACAUUUCUUCCGGGCCGCCAAAGUACUAUAACAACCAAUCUGCCUAUGCGGCCGGCACCUAUCCCUCUGAGGCCAAAGACUAUAUCUUUCUGAAUAGUACCGAGUGGAAUGUGGCGAUUGACCCGUCAACUAUAAGCUAUGACGCUGGUUCAGGUGUCUUGCCGUCUCCGGUGUUCGAAGACGGCGCGUUGCCCAUGUCAAUGUCUGCUAAGGGAUGUCUAAUUGACUGGCCGAUGUUCCGGGGCGCUGUACCUGGAUCGCCCAUUCCAAAAGGCGACCGCAAAUGUCUUGGCGAUGCCUUCAAUGUGACGCUUCGGCCAUAUGGAAGCUCCAAGCUCCAUAUGAGUGAGAUCCCGACCAUUGAUUUGUCGAAUUAG